AUGGAUGCGGAAAGGGGAUCCGUGUUCUCCUGGGACACUGACAAGAAACAAGUGCAGCUACGGGUGACUCCGUCGGAGCUGAAGUUUUUGGACACGGCAGCGGGGAAGGUGUACCGCCUCCCUAUUACUCUACAUAACCUAGGUCGCUGGAACCAGAAGAUCCGGUUUCAGGAGCCUUCUAAGCCACAGUUCAAAUUGGUUUUGAACAAUCUGGAUAAAGAAUUAGCAUCGGGGCUGCAGAUGACAGCUGUGGUGGAGUACCAUCCUUAUGCAAAUGAAGAUAUUUUUGACAAACUACUUAUUUCAGCAGGAAAUAAAACAAUAGAAGUCCCUCUAAUUGGACGAAUUCCAUCCUGUCAAUUGGAAAUUGAAUCAGAAGUCAAUUUUGGCAAAUUGGUUGCCAAUGGUAAAGUGUAUUGUAAAGAAAUUCAUGUCAUCAACAGUGGCAAAUCUCCAGGUGUAUUUACCGCAGAGUACCAAGGAAGAUUACCCAUUCUUGUUUAUCCAAAUACUGGUACUGUGGAAGCUAAGUCAUCAAUGAUUGUCAAAGUCGAUUUCUGUGCAGAUAAGGCCUGUGUUGUCAACGAGGUGGUCAGAGUGAGUUUGCAAGGUCAUCCAGAUGCUUUUUUAAGUAUAAAAGCAAAUGUGGUGGAACAGAUCAUUGAACUAUUAAACGCAAAUGGUGAGAAAAAGUUGGACUGCGUACGAUUUGGUUCUACUUUCUUCGGAACAUCGAAAAUUGAAUAUGCAGUGCUAUACAAUAAUAGCCCAGAAACCCUAAACUGGGUGGCAAUAAUGCAAGAUAAUUCAGUGGGAGAAGAAUUGGGUACAAAUAUUCAACAAAGGACAGAUGUUGCUUUAAACAAUCUCACCUAUAUAAGCAAAAUGGAAAAAGUAGACAUCACCUCUUUUAUUUCCUGUAUUCCUAAUGAAGGAAAUUUAUUGCCUUACCAAAAGACUAAAAUUACAUUUUGUUUUAGUCCAAAAUUAAUCUAUGAUUGCAAAAAGGAUGUUGAUCCCUCGCAUAGACAAGACUAUGCUCUCUUUUUGAGAUUUGAAUCUGUAGGAAGUAAAGAUGAAUUGAUGGAAGAUGAUGACAAUACACUCAGGAAAAAUGAUCGAUUUCAGAAAGUGGAAUUAGCAUUGACAGGCUCAGGCAUUCCUGUGUUAUUGCAAUUCAAUCCAGCCAAAGUCUUUAAAUUUCCACCCUGUAUUAUGGGUGAACAUUCGGAGAUUCUGUGUCUUAUGCAAAAUCGAUCUGAUUCACUCCCUAUAAUGUAUCAUUUCCAGAAAACGGCACAUUUUAAAAUUGAUCCUAAAAAGGGAAAGCUUGAUGAAGGAUGUAUUCAGAAUGUCGUAUGCUCCUUUAUUCCACACCAAAUUGGAAGCUUUAAAUCGAAGCAAGUAGUAGAGAUUAUUGGUCUCGUAGCAGAUGAAAGUUUUCAGUCUUUAUCAAUGAAACCAUUUCAUCAUAUCUAUUUAGAUUUCCAUGGUGUGUGCCGAUCUCAAAAAAAGAAAGUCCAGAUGAAAGUUAAUCCUGGCAUAUCCCCUGCGGUCACUAAUCCAGUGGGAGAGUUUGUAGUUGAAGAUUUUGCAAAAGGCAAAGACUAUGCACCUGUAGCAAUGCUUCAAUCAGCCGGAACAACACACAUUCACAGUCAUCAAGCAAAUAAAAAGGUAGAGGAGGAUGCACAGGUAGCCCUUCCCAAUGAUCGAGCAGCAAGUAUCAGGUCUGGAGAACGAGAUGAACGUUUCAGGACAAUUUUCACAGAAAUGGCAAGAUAUCAUUAUAUAGAUCCUGAUUUUGCAUACACUAAAUCUGAAGAAUUAGGCCGUAAGGGACAUCGGAGCCACUAUGACAAUUAUAUUAAAUAUUCAAGAAACACGCGCCUACAGAAACAAGCAAAGAGGCAACACAAAUAUCCCUGUGAUGAUGCAGACGUGGACUUACAGUCAACAUCAGGUUUCAAGCCACCUGACAUCACAGGAGCAGAUGUAGAAGAGGAGAUACCUUCAACAAAACAUCAAAGCAAAAAGGAUAAAUUGUUAAGUACCAAAAAUAUGGAGGCCAAGGAAGCAGAAUCCUUAAAGAAAAAGGUUUUAAGUGGAUUUAAAUUAGAACCACUCACACCCCAAGAAAUACAAGAUUGUUGUUUAAAUUUGACACCAAAGCAAAUUCAUCAAGUAAAUAUUGGACCCUCUGUCCUUAACUUUGGUGAUGUGUGUCUGAAUUCCACAAAUAUUCGUCCACUGCAUGUUAUUAAUACACUACCUACUCAUGUAUUGGUCAAGUUAGAUAUAAAUUCAAAAGAACUUCAGAAGACCGAACAACUUUCUUAUGUGAUUCCACCUACUACUAGUACUUAUGUUUCAAUAAUAUUCAAAUCAUCCAUCAUUGGAAAAUUUUGGAAGUCUUUCACCUUUACUGUGAACAACAUACCUGGUGGGCACAUCCUAGUGAUGGCAGCUAUCCAGCCAGUAAAGCUUGAGCUAUCUUCUAAUGAGCUGGUAUUGACACCAUAUAACUUCUCAGCGAAAGCAUGUUUUAAGGGGAUAAUAAGGAUAUAUAAUCGGAAAAAUUAUUUUGCCCAAUUUAAAUGGCUACCAGCAAACAAAGAUAAAAAGAUGGCAUUUACAAUUUCUCCUUCUACAGUCCAGGACUCUGUCAGCCCUCUUCCUCUUCUUGGGUUCCUGGGGGUCUUGGUGGUAUUGUGCAUGUUGGGCAGGAGUGUGAGGGAGAGGAGGUUGGUUGUGAGUCCUCCAAGACAACCAGUGGGAAAGAAGGACUCCAAGGGAGGACAGUUAUCAGAGUCCUUUGGUGCAGCUCGUAGAGAAGUUCCCUUAAAUGAAAGCUGGGCAAUGAGUAACUCUGGCAAAAACAGAUUAAUUCCAAUAGGAGGGAUAACUAUCCUCAAUAUCUCCUGUACACCCACUGUGGCAGAAACAUUUGAAACCAAAGCAAAGGUUGCUAUUCACCAUUCAGAUGUCAUAGACCUUAGGAUCGGUGGAACUGUUGAAAUUGCUGAUGUUGAAAUUGACCCGGGUGAAUUUAAUUUCUCUGGCACUUACGUUGGUACAACCCAAAUUAUUCCAUUUCAAAUAAUAAAUAAAGGUGUAACACGUGCUAGAGUUGAGCUUGAUCUAAAGAAACGCAUAAAUUUUUCCUUAGAUUUUAAAGACAAAUCAGUGGAAUAUGCAGACCCUAAAUUUCCCAAAAAAUAUUCUAUGGAAAUAGAAGAAAAUACAUCUCUGGAAUGUGGCCUAGCAUUUUCACCUGAAGAA